UUUCAAGAUUUCAAUUUGGUCAGGUGCCUUCCAGCAAGACUAAAAAGUCACAAUGCCGGAUGAAGACGGCAGGUUCCUAGACGAAAAGACGACGUCGUUUACGACCUAAGCACAGCAAAACGACGUCAUCCCCGAAAAGCGAGUUACCCCCUCCCCUAAACAAAGUCGCCCACUCCACUCCUCCUCCAUCUCUCUGCCUCGCUCUGUCUCUUGCCGAACAUCCAUGGCUUCCCAAAAGCCCUUGGCCUCUGCGGCCACCAUGCUCCGAAGCCGCCUGAGUACAUCGCUCCGAACAAGGGGAGGCGGCGAAGGAGUGAACCGGUGGACUAGCCCCGGCCACCAGGAGCGCCCCAAUGGCUAUCUCUUCAAUCGCACUCCUCUGCCGCCCGGCCAGUCUCGUAAGUGGGAAGACUGGGAGCUUCCCUGCUACAUCACCAGCUUCCUCACCAUCGUCAUCCUCGGCGUCGGCCUCAACGCCAAACCCGAUCUCACCCUUGAGACCUGGGCGCACCAGAAGGCCCUCGAACGCCUCGAGGCCCAGAAGCUCGCAUUAUCCGAGGAAUCCGAGUGAUCUUUGAUCUGGGUACGCUGAAUUGGCUCUGCCCUUUUGAUAUAAUCUCGCGUUUUCUUUGGUGGGGUUUGGGGUUUUGAUUUCGUAUGGGUUUAGAUGAUGGCGAACACUCGUGUUGAUAUGGUGCGGAUGGCGUAGUUCAAUAAGAUCCUAGCUGUUGAUCUCUGAUUUUUAGUUGCUUUGUUUCUCAUCUUGAUGUUAUACAGUAUAAUGUUUCGAAGAAAUUAUAAUUUUGUUUACUCA